CAAAUAAAUCUCUUGACUCUGCCUCCCGCGGUGACGCAAGGAAGGAAAUCUCGCGAGGUUGGAGCGCUGUGGCAGCGCUAGUCGGACGCGGUUCCCCGUCCAGUGAUGGGGCCGGUCCCUGCAGACCCCCAAGCUGCCCGCCGCCUGCGUCUGCCGCGCUCUGCAUCUGCUCGCUGAAGAAGCUGGACGGGCGCGAGGACUCUCCCUCCCUUUGAGUGCGUGGAUCCCCCUUGGCAGAGGCUUGAGUCCUGAUCGCCACGGCUGACGGCUGCGAGGGACCGAGACCAGAAUAUUCCUUUAGAAAUGAGUUGCACAAUUGAAAAGGCACUUGCUGACGCUAAAGCCCUCGUUGAAAGACUGAGAGAUCAUGACGACGCAGCAGAGUCUCUGAUUGAGCAGACCACGGCGCUCAACAAGCGAGUAGAGGCGAUGAAGCAGUAUCAGGAAGAAAUUCAAGAACUUAAUGAAGUUGCAAGACAUCGGCCACGGUCCACAUUAGUUAUGGGAAUCCAGCAAGAAAACAGGCAGAUCAGAGAACUGCAGCAAGAGAACAAAGAAUUACGUACAUCCCUGGAAGAGCAUCAGUCUGCCUUGGAACUUAUAAUGAGCAAGUAUCGUGAGCAAAUGUUUAGAUUGCUAAUGGCUAGCAAAAAAGAUGAUCCGGGUAUAAUAAUGAAGUUAAAAGAGCAGCACUCCAAGAUUGACAUGGUACAUCGUAACAACUCCGAAGGAUUCUUCCUUGAUGCAUCUCGUCACAUCCUUGAAGCACCUCAACAUGGACUGGAGAGGAGGCACUUGGAAGCAAAUCACAAUGAAUUACAAGCACAUGUUGACCAGAUAACUGAAAUGGCAGCAGUAAUGAGGAGAGCCAUUGAAAUUGAUGAGCAACAGGGAUGUAAGGAGCAGGAAAGAAUAUUUCAGCUUGAACAAGAAAACAAAGGAUUGAGAGAGAUCCUUCAAAUAACCCGAGAAUCAUUUUUGAACCUUAGAAAAGAUGACUUAUCAGAAAGCACAUCUUUGUCAGCAUUAGUGACCAAUAGUGACCUGAGUCUGAGGAAGAGCUGAAGAGUCUGAGCUUCUUAUAAGGCUCCAAAUGAUCCCUGGGACUGGCCUACUGAAGUAAAUGAAUUAACAGGAAAAUCAAUCUCAAGCUACAUUUUUUUUUCCUCUAUGAUAUGUACAGUGCACUGGCAAUGACAUUUUUAAGAGAGAACAAAAGAAAAAUGCAUAGUUCAUGGUCAGAGACUUUAUUCCAAAAAAUAAUUGAAAAGUAGAAACUAAGACUUUGUUAAUUGCUGAACAAAUUGAAGAUUUUCCCAAUGACUGCUGAACAUAUCAAGAGCUUUCAGUCAUGCCGUUGGCUUUCUGGGUGAUACUUGGAUAAACAGGAAUAUUCCCAUUUAAUGUUUGGGAAUUCAUGAAGUUAUCCCAAUUUUAAAAUGCAGAUUUUGCCAGUUUGGUGAAUGGAAGAUCAUCAUACUAUAUUUUAUCUUCCCUGUUUGGUGUCAGAGUUAACAAAUAGCUUGUGUACCAUGAGACUUCAGCUUUAAUGAUUGCCUAUCUACCUUCCCAUUAAUUUAAAUUUUUGUCAAAGAAAAUUCAGUCUGAAAGGCUGUAGGAAUGUUUUAGAUAAACCAUAAACAAAAGAGGUAAUUUAAUUUUAGCUAACUUACCAUAAUUACUACUCAGCAAACAAUUGUUAAUAAUUCUAAGCAUAUGAAAUAGCGUUUCAGGAAUGAAAAAGAAGGAAUACUACUUUCUAAGAAAGAUCUUAUAAGACACAUAUUUAGUAGGUUAAACUACUCCCUUGAAAGAAUAAGUUUUGGUUUUAAAUCAGUAAUAAAGAUGAGAUUUUUUCUCUUCUCUCGUUGAUUUUUAAGGAUAUUUUGUAGCUCAUUUAGCUAACAAAGUUAAAUGUUUGAUAAAGGAAGCCAGGUAUGGUUAUUUCAAAGUAAACUGGGAAAUCCUCUGCCUCAUAGAGCCCUUUUUUAAAAGUAUUAAGAGAGAGAGAGAAAGUAAAUUAAAAUUAAAAAAGUAUUUUUUGGAUCUGUUCUUAAGUACCAUGUGGUCCUCAUAACCGAUAAGAUUUUUCUUAUAACCUUUCAGUUAAACAGGGACAAAAAAUAUCAAUGGAGUUAGAAGUAUUUGUUUUAUUUUUUUAUAAAAUAUAUAUCCAGUUAUGUAAGUUUUUAAAAGCCACCAGAAAUAGAAAUAUGCUUUAACAUCAAUUGAAAUCUAAAUUUUUCUUAUUUUGUGGUGAUUAUAGAAUAAAAGGAUAAAAGAAGAGUGUCAGAUAUGAUUAAAUAUAUUAUGCUCAUUUAUAUUAAAUAUUAACAUUAGCACAAUAGAAAAUUUACUUUUGAGUAUAAAUUUGUUAAAUAUUUACAUGGUAAUUUUUAUGUAUAAUUCAUAUAUUGGUAAAAUUAAAAACUACUUUUCAGAAUUUUUCUAUUAAGUUUGGGGUAAGUAGGGUCGAUGGGGCUGAUUGAAUAGAAAAGGGCUAUUGACCCAGACAUUAAAUUGAUUUUUGUUCUCAUUCAGUGGCCUUAAUGUUUUAUAAUAAGUGACCAUUUUUUUUAACUUUUCUAUUCAUUUUUGGGAAAGUAUCCCUUAAUUUGAUGGCACAUUCAUUCAUUCAUACAGUUUUUAUCCCAAGUUAGAAUUAAAGAAAAUAAGCUACACAGUUGAAAUUAAGACUGAGGCAGUUCAUUGAGGCAGCUCUAUCAUAAAACAUUAUUUGAUAAAUAAUUAUUUUUGUAAACAAAUACGUUGAGUUAAUUUAUUCUUAGUCUUCUUACUUGGAUAUAAUUUUAAGAUAUUGGUGUUUAAAAACAUUUACUUUGUUAUAUAAAAACAGUUUUCCAUCCCAUACUUAUUUGUUAAGCAGAACCUUAACUCUAUGUCAGAAGGUAUGUAGUGCAUAGGAACCUAUUUUAUCAAUAAAGAUGAGUGAUUAAAA